CCAUCACUUUUCCCUUCCCAUCAUCAAAUUCCAACACCCAAUUCCAAAACACACACCAAAUUCCAACACCCAAAAUAAUGGCCCCCUGCAAGCCAUACUCUAGGCUGGUCCUAGCACUGGCCAUGGCAUUGGUGGCAGCGACGGUGCCUGUUUAUGGGCAGAGAACUAUCAACACUCCAUGCACCCCAUCGGCACUUAACAUCUUCACUCCUUGUAUGAACUUGCUUACCAAUAGCAGUGCCAAUGGUACUUCGCCCACUGCAGAUUGUUGCAACUCGCUUAAAACGCUCACAUCGAGCGGCAUGGACUGUUUGUGCCUCAUUGUCACCGGGAGUGUCCCGUUCCGUUUACCUAUCAAUAGAACUCUAGCUAUUUCUCUUCCCCGAGCUUGUAGCAUGCCUGGUGUCCCCCUCCAAUGCAAAGCCGCUGUUGGUGCACCUGUUCCUGCUCCAGGUCCAAUUUCACUUGCACCAACCCUUUCUCCAGGAACAUCACCAACUUUAAGCCCAAAAGGUUCCAUUGUGCCAGAACCAACAGGACCUGCUGAAGCACCGGAAUCCAACACCAUCCCGACCGCCACGACGGGUAGCCGCCCUGUUCUGAACCCCACAGCAUCAGCUGCCGAUCGUUCCUACGGUUUUUCACCAUCACUUGUGUUGUUGACAUUAGGGUUUGCUGUUUUCAAGUACUACUAGGCAGCCAAUAUUUCUAUUUCUAUGUUCUUAUUUAUGGAUUGUUUGAGAAAGUAUAUUCUUUUUA